AUUUCUGCCAUAGUCCGGCCCAUCUCCUCCGAAUACGCUAGCCCUGCCCAGCUCCACGAGACGGCGGCUGCCUGAGCCAACCGGCGCCUCCUCAUCCGCCACUCCGUCGAACGCCCCCCGCGCGCUCCAGCUGCUAUGCUCCUCCGGCCCCGCCCCUCCCUCCUCCUCCUCCAAACCUUCGCGUCGCUACCCCUAUCCCGCCGCGCCUCAGUUCCCGCCCGGCGCACGCUCUCUGCGGCCGCGGCCGCGGCGGGGACCGCCUCCCCCGGGGAUGCGGCACCUGCGCCGGGGCCGCCCCGCAAGAACACCAGGAAGGCCCCGUCGCCACCCAGGGUAAACGUGAACACGGCGCUGUUCCUGCCGCCUGGGGUGGAGCGGGACGCGGCAGUGGCCGCGGAGAUGGUGAUACCGGGGUCGAACAUUGUGGUGGGCCCGUACGCGGGGGACGCGAGGGUGAAGGAAGCGGAGUUCGUCAAGAGCAGCGCGCGCGCGCGGGACUGCCCCAAGGACGACCGACCCGAGUUCGCCGUCCUCGGCCGGUCCAACGUCGGCAAGUCCUCGCUCAUCAACGCCCUCACCCGCCGCAAGGAGGCCGCGCUCACCUCUAAGAAACCUGGGAAGACCCAGACAAUUAAUCACUUUUUGAUUAACAAGAGUUGGUACCUUGUGGAUUUGCCUGGCUAUGGGUUCGCCGCUGCGUCCCAAUCAGCUCGAAUGGAUUGGUCUUCAUUUACCAAGGGGUACUUCUUGAACAGAGAUACCUUGGUUGGCGUGCUGCUCCUCAUUGAUGCGAGUAUUCCACCUCAGAAAAUUGAUCUUGACUGUGCUAAUUGGCUUGGUCGGAACAAUAUUGGGUUGACCUUUGUUUUCACAAAGUGCGACAAAGUAAAGAAAGGUAAAGGGGGGCGACCUGAUGAGAAUAUCAAGGAGUUCCAGGAAACAAUCAGUGGACUGUAUCAGGAGCCACCUCCAUGGAUCAUGACAAGCAGCGUUACUGGAUUAGGCCGUGACGGGCUACUCCUCCAUAUGUCACAGUUGAGGAACUACUGGGACAACACAGCAGUCUAAGUAAGGCUGCCUAGGUCAACCGCUACUAGGAACAACAGUAUGUUAGAAGAGAGGAUCACAGGUCAUGACCUUCCACCGAUAGAUCCUGCUUUACAUGGUGCUUCUUGUUCAGUUUCGUUUCCAGUGUCUGGCCUAUUGAUGUAUAGUGGAGUAAGCUUAUGAAAUACAGCCUUCUGAUCUCCGCUCCUUCAUCCCGUGUAAGUGAAGGCCUGAUGGUUCCUGAAUGUACUGCACCAUAAAUGUCCGAUCUGGAAUUGGACAUUUAUGGUGGUGAAGGCAACCGAGAGAAUUCAAUAUACUGUACACAUUCAAUGAGAUGAAAUGAAACUGAAACUGAAACUGUCGCGUACA